GCGUGGGUCCGGUUUGGCUAUUACGGCCCCCACCAGGACCCUUGACGACAUCUGGAAGGACAAUCUCCGCAGAAGACACAUCGAUUUCCUGCAUGUUAAUGCCGGCAUUGCAGCCUUGGCCGACGUGCUAGAGCGAGGAUUUGCAAAGAUCCUUUCCUCGCGCUCGGUGACGAUAUUCGCACUGCAUGUUGAUGAGCUGUGGACAAAGCAAGAGCUCAAGAAAGUUGUGAAGAUCUUGGACACUCACGAGUACUUCUCUAUGCUGGCGCUAGUUUGCGAAAACAGCAGCCAGUUCGGAAGCUUCUUGUAUCAGGGCCCUAGCGGUCACGUGGGACCUACCACAUACUUGCCCUUGAGCUCGAUGGAUGUUGAUCUGACAUUGGACUGGGAUGACAUGCCGCUUCCGCAACACUUGCUGGCCUUUGACCUGCAACAGCCUGAUGUUUUCAAAACUGUUCAGUUGGGUGAUGUGCAAUGCGACGCAGACGCGGACUCUGACACAUGCCAAGAAGGUGACGCGCAAUGCAAGGGCGAUGUGUUAGUCGGACCUCCAGAACGCCCGCAACUUGCUCGCGUGACGAAAGCAUCUUCAAGGUCCAUUACCCUGGAAUGGCGGCCGCAUCCUGAGGGUCCAGCCCCUGACAGCUACUUGCUACGGAUUGAACCAGGUGCCUUGGAAGAUAUUUUGGACCAUGACACGUUCGAUGCUCUGACAAACGUCCAGACACACACUGUCAACGGGCUGCGGCCAAACGUUGAGUACACCAUCUCCUUGAGGGCCAUGGGCUUCGGAGGCGAAAGUGGCAAAGUCACACUUACUCAUCGCACCGAGCAGGAGGAUACAUUGGUAGUAGACAGUCAGUAUGAGAUACUGGAGUCAACGCACUGCGGUAUGGGUGCUGCAGAAGAGGUGCAGCCAGCCGGCCCAGCGCCUCAAGGUGCAUCCUACUUCCCCGGAGUCAGUGAUGUUGAUGGAUGCAGAGCACGUUGUGAGAGCAAUAGGCAGUGUGUAGCUUUUCAGGUUAAUUCAGGGAAUGCUUGCUGGCUUUACAGGCGUAAGCCUUCUGACCAGCGCCUUGCCAGUCGUCAAUCUGACGAGGGCUGGUGGUGCGCCAUUCGGAGAGAUUGA